AUGGCCAGCUCCCCAGGCCUAGAACACGAGGCAUUCACACAAUGGGCCCUUUCCAACGGCGUUCAGAUCAACGGCAUUGCUCCAGCCCGGUUCCCCGGCCGGGGGACGGGAAUGAUUGCCACACGAACGAUAGAAGAGAACGAGACCAUUCUCAUGGUUCCCCCCAAAUCAAUGGUCAACAUUGACACCAUUCCGGAGUCAUUCGUGCGCCGCCUCCCAGCUGGCGCAUCCAAACACGCCAUCAUCGCGGCCUACCUGACCCUCGAAGCGCCCAAGGACUUGGACGCCUGGCGCAACGUGUGGCCUCAGUGGGCGGACUUCGAAGAGAGCAUGCCUAUUCUCUGGCCGGCGCAUCUCCGCCGCUCGGACUCGAAGUAUCAGGAAGAGCACAUCUCCCCUGGCCCGAAGAUCCUGCCUCCCGCAGCGUCGGGGUUGUGGAACACGUUUUCGAACGACCCCCUCGAGGAUGACCCAGUGAAAGAGUAUCAGGACUUGCUGGCGCAGCAAGAAGAACGUCUCACGUGCGCGUGGGACAAUGUGGUGGCCGCGUUUCCGAACACGGACCGGGAGACGUUUGUCUACCACUGGCUGAUUGUGAACUCGCGGAGCUUUUAUUACGUAUCCCCAGGAAAGGACGUUGGCGAGUGGGUUGACGCCCUGACUUUGGUGCCUUUUGCGGAUUAUUUCAAUCAUGCAAAUGAUGAUGUGCGUUUGACUAUGGCGGAAACAAAUGAUGGUGCUCACGCGGUGAUAGACGGGUUCUUCCUGGAUGACAACCCCAACGAUGCCAUUUUCCUCGACGACAUUAUACUGCGCGAGUUUACACUAUCAGACAGAAAAGCCCUCUCCUCGCGCAUAACCCAACCCACCCACGAGCAGAGCGGUGGGUACGCCAUCGAAGUCACAGGGCCGAAUAUUUUCAUCACAUACGCUGCAUGUCUGAAGUAUAUGACUCGUAAAGACUGGAACGCGUAUAUAGAAAGAGGCUCGGCAGCCUUUAAUGCCGAAAAAACAGCACAGAUUAUCAGUGACUGGGUGAUCAUAUACCUGAACGAGAGCGAUAUCGCCAUGAUGGCCAUCCAGAAAAUGCUGAAUAACCGCGCAUCAGACCGUGAUGCCGAGGCAGAAAGGAAGAAGCUAUUUAUCCUCCUUCGGAGAUGGCGACAGAUCAAACGGUUGUGUCAGAUGGCCUUACAUUCGCUUACCCAGUCUAACUGGUUUGAGAGCCGGCAAGGAUAG